GACCCAUGCAUGUAUGUCAUAGUGAUAGGCAUAUACAUCCAGAGUCCAGACCAGACAACAGAGCCAGAGAUCCAACAAAGUCCAGGCUCUCUUUCUCAAGAGUCUAGUCUCAACUCAAUCAAACUGCUCAAACAAACAGAACCGAACCUCAGUCAAAGUGACUCAACUCUCUCAUUUUUGGCGCCCAUAGAGUGCAAAGUGCAAAGCUAUCAGGUAUUACAAUUAGCCGAGAAUGUGCCGUUCCUCAAACAAGUGCUCAAAGUUCUUGACGCUUCUCAGAGCAUUUCGAAACUUUGCCGGAACCACGCCCAAAUCCGCCGAUUCUUUCUCUUCUACUCCGGAUAAGGUCUCCUGCCCCAUGGAUAAUCUCCAAACCCUUAGAACCCGCGUUUGCAUCAUCGGCAGUGGCCCCGCGGCUCACACUGCCGCCAUCUACGCCUCUCGGGCCGAGCUCAAACCCAUCCUCUUCGAAGGAUGGAUGGCCAACGACAUUGCACCAGGAGGUCAGCUCACUACCACCUCCGAUGUCGAGAACUUCCCCGGUUUCCCUCAAGGGAUUCUUGGAAUGGAGCUCAUGGAUCGCUGUCGAAACCAAUCCCUCCGAUUCGGCACCGAAAUCUUCACCGAAACUGUCAACAAGGUUGAUUUCUCUACUACUCCUUUCAAGGUUUUCACUGACUCCAAGGCCGUCUUGGCUGAUUCCGUUAUCGUCGCCACCGGUGCAGUCGCUAAGCGAUUGAAGUUUCCCGGUUCCGGUGAUGGAGAAGGAGGGUUUUGGAAUCGUGGGAUAUCAGCUUGUGCAGUUUGCGAUGGUGCCGCGCCGAUUUUUAGGAACAAGCCGUUGGCGGUCAUUGGAGGUGGAGAUUCGGCUAUGGAGGAGGCAAAUUUCUUGACCAAGUACGGUUCUAAGGUUCACAUCAUUCAUAGGAGGGAUGCGUUUAGAGCUUCCAAAAUUAUGCAGAACCGGGCAUUAAGCAAUCCCAAGAUUGAGGUUUUGUGGAAUUCUGUGGUCGUUGAAGCUUAUGGGGACGGGGAGAGAGGUGUCUUGGGAGGGCUCAAGGUAAAGAAUGUGGUAACCGGGGAGGUUUCGGACUUGAAGGUAUCAGGCUUAUUCUUUGCUAUUGGCCAUGAACCGGCUACAAAGUUCCUAGAUGGGCAACUGGAGCUUGAUUCCGAUGGGUAUGUUUUGACGAAGCCAGGAACAACAAAAACGAGCGUACGAGGUGUUUUUGCUGCUGGUGAUGUGCAGGACAAGAAGUAUCGACAAGCCGUUACGGCCUCUGGUACAGGUUGCAUGGCAGCAUUAGAAGCAGAGCAUUACCUGCAAGAGAUUGAAUCUCAGCCUCAGGAGAGAAAGGGUGAUUAACUAUUUGUAAGCACUAGAGAAAGGAACGAAAAGACUCAUCACAAAAGGUCAAGUCCUAUCUAUAAAUGAAGAAACUGGAUUCUUCUUCACAAAAUACUUGUGUACAACAAUCUAAUAUUUUAUUCCUUCCCUUAUUGUCAUUGUUAAUGUCACUUGUAUUACACAUCAAUUUAUACCUUCUCUUGCAUUACACAUCAAUUUAUACCUUCUCUUGCA